CGUACGGAACUGCGAAAGUCCUCCUGUCCCUGUCUUUCAAGCUUGUGGAAGUGCGUUAUCUGUAUUCUGUGGUGCGGGGUGCCUAAAGUUGAUAAGUGUACAAUUAAAUAUUUGAUAACCCACAAUGUCGUUGGUAAAAAAGUUAGUGGAACAGCUAAAAAGCAAAGAGUUUCGGGAUUAUUUAAUGAGCACACAUUUUUGGGGGCCAGUAGCAAAUUGGGGUAUACCACUAGCAGCUAUAGCAGACACAAGAAAGGACCCUAGGUUUAUUAGUGGUAAAAUGACAUUUGCCUUAACACUCUAUUCGCUGAUGUUUAUGCGUUUCGCGUGGCGAGUACAGCCACGAAACAUGUUAUUGUUUGCAUGUCAUUUGACAAAUGAGUGCGCACAGUUGACACAGGGAGCUAGGUUUAUUAACUACCACUACAUACAGGGACCCGAAACAGAAAAACAGAAUGCACAAGAGAAAGAAAAAGAGAAGUAGAUGGUUUGUAAGGUAUGUUUUGUGAUACUUGUGCGAUGAUACAUUGACUAGGGCAAAAGCAGUAGGGUAUGCUUGAGAUUUAGGAAACAAAGAAGCUAGUAAGGUCAUUACUGUAACUUAUGGGGCCAAAUAACUAAGUUGUGGAAGACCCAGCACAAAUAUUUUGACUGUUUCAUCAAGAAAUUGAAUUAAGUAUACUUAACUGAACCUUGUGCACCAAUGCAAGGUUUUCCUUUGUAUACAAAUACUAAAGCACAUAUUGUACAUAUUUGACAGUGCUUAAUCACAGGCUUGAGAUAAUUUUUGGGUCAUCAUUCUAAAUACGAGGUGUGCCCAUGUAUUCCAUACAAAAAAUAAUUGAUAUUUAAUACCAUUUUAUACAUCCUAAAGGU